AUGUAUAAUUUUGCUAAAACCGCAGCAAAAGACCCAUAUAAUUUUGAUAUAAAUUAAAAGGCUACAACUGGCGGAACUAAGAAGAAUGACACAGGAGAUAAGAGCAAAAAGUUAUCAAAUAUGGAACCUAAAAGAUUGGCCAUCAGAUUUGAUCCUCCAAUGAUCAUUGUUGAAUACUUGUAACCAUCCUCAGGGAAGUUGUAUCAUCAUAAAAUGAAACUCUUAAAAUUAAAGCCUGAUACUCCUAUUAAUCAUGCUUUGGAAUAUUUGAAGAAGAAACACGCUAUGUACUUUAUGAAUAAUAAGAUUCCAGAAAAGCAAUUGUUGGGUAAGCAAAUGUCACAUCAAUAAAUAGAGUUGAUUGGAAAGAUUUAAAAAAGGUUAUAAAUUUCAAAGCCAAAUGUAAAUGCUAAUGCUACUUUAUAACGACCAACAUCUUCUACAAGGCCCUUGAGUUCCUCCACAUAAGCAUCUAUGAAUAUGUCCAAAACCUAAUCUAAAUUACAGAAGGAUAUUGAAGAUUAUGGAAUGUCCGAAGAGGAUUUGUACAAUUAUGCUAUGAAGAAUCAAAAAGGCAAAUAACCUGUUUUGGAGGAUGAUGAUGAGGAUGAAGAUGAAGAAUGCUAUGAUUAAAAUUAUGAAGAGGAGGACUCAGAAGAUGAGAUCACAGACGAGUAAUACAAGAUGUUAUAUUAAAAAAUGGGUUAUAAUCAGUUGAAUUUAAAUAAGAUGACCACUGAAGAAUUAAAGAAACACAAAGAGAUUAUGGAAUCAAUGUAUAAGAAGAAUUCAGUGAAACCAGGAGACAAGAAUUACAAAUACGAUGUACAAAAGAACUUCAAGCCUUCAGCUCAGAAUUAAUGGGAUAUGGAUGAUGAAGAAGAUUAUGAUAUAGUUUGA